AUGAAGAUCCUCAUCGCCUCUGAUUCCCAUUGUGGGUAUGGAGAGAUAAAACAAUAUCUGUACGAAGAUUCGUUUCGCUCCUUUGAAGAGGUCUUACAGAAAGCAAAGGAAAAUGAAUGCGACUUCAUUCUGCUGGGUAAACCUUCCUUAUCUUUAUAUACCUUUGUCUAUUGUAGGUGGAGAUCUCUUCCAUGAAAGUGAACCGAGUCGUCGUACCCAGAUUCGAUUGAUGAGAUUGAUCCGAGAAUACUGUAUGUCAGGUCCAAAGACUUCAUUGAAGGUCACUUCGAAUGGAGAGGACAACUUUGGAGUCUUCCAGUUUAAGACAGCUAACAUUGAUGAUGAGAACCUGACGGUUUCUCUACCGAUUUUCACAAUCAAUGGCAAUCACGACGACUUCUGUUGCACCGUAAAGGCUUUUAAUGAUACUGUUAUUUUUUAGGACAGCACUGCGGUGGAUAUCUACCAUGAAGCGGGUGUUUUGAAUAUUUUUGGUAGAUUCAAAGACAUAAAGUACUUCGAUGUGAACCCAGUUUUGUUGGAGAAAGAGAAUCCUGAUGGAUCUGUGAGUAAAGUAGCCUUAUAUGGAAUCGGCUCUCAGAGGGAUGAUCGGCUGGCUCGUGCUUUCAUGUGUAAGUUUUGGUAAAUUUAAUAUGAAGUUAGUUUAGCUGGUCAUGUCAGAUUUAAUAAACCCUCGAAUUAUGAAGAGUACCUAAAUAUUCUUGUCCUUCAUCAGAACCGACCGCAGAGAUCUACUUUGAGAUCAACUGGCUCUUAUAUUUCCACAGACCUCCUGCCUGGCUUCAUUGAUUUGGUUGUGUGGGGCCACGAGCAUGCUUCUAUAAUUGGUGAGGUCUUUUUUAGUUUUUGUAUAGUUGUUCUAGAACCGCAGAGAGUUGUUGCCAAAGACGGGCAAGAGUUUUUAAUUCUUCAACCGGGAAGUACCACAGCGACAUCGCUCUGCCCAGAUGAAGCCAUGCAAAAGCAUUGUUUUCUUUUGGACUCACAAUAUGAUAUUAGAGAACCAGUUAUCACGCCUUUGAAGUUGGAGACUUGCAGACAGAUAUUCUAUGAAGAUAUUGAUCUCGAUGGGUUACAUCUGGUACCUCCGUGUGAAAGUGUUCGGACUUCUGAAAUGGAGGUGUGUAGUUUUUAUUAUUUUAAUUUUCGUCUUACGAAGGAAAUAUAUAGUAAGUACAUUUAUUAUUUUUUUGUUAGGAUGAGCAAUAUUUGCAUCGAAGGAUGAAUGAGAUUCUCAGACAAGCCGAGCUCAGUAGAACAGCCAGUCAACCAGAGCUUCCUUUGGUCAGGUUCAGAUUACAUUACGUUGGGGCAUGGAGGCGUAUUCCGGUGAGUGAAUAAUCGUUUGUUUACUCUAUUGAAUUCAGCCUAUCAUGCCACGGCGAUUUGGUCGGUUGUACAGGGAUAAAGUUGCCAAUGCAAACGAAAUCAUUUGGGUGCACAGAUCUAAAGAUCCCGACGUUGUGAAAGGCGUCAAGACCCAGAAUAUUAAGAAAGAACUGAUUCCUGCCAAUGUGGAGCUUGUUGUGUGUGUUAUUCCUUUUCCGUUAUUUACAGUCUAAAGUUAUUCGAUUUAUAUUAUUUUAGGUACAAGAACACUUCAAUAAUGUUCGCGGUGAAGAUCAAUUGGCAGUUUUGGAGGUGGAUGUCCUGAAUAAAGCCCUUGAGGCAUAUGGAUCUAAUGAAUCUUACUCAUUCGCGAAUAUUAAUAAGAGAACGAAAGGAACUUUGAGAGAACAUAUCAAGAUGUAUGUCAACAAGAUAACCGAAUUAACUUCUGGAUCCGAAGAUGACAUGACAAUUCGGAAUUACCAGGACUUUGAAGAAAGAGUUGGAAAAGUCAUCUACAGCAAGUAUGCGGAGAAGGCUAAUGUGAAGAAAGAGGUUGAAGCGAUGGAUGUAAAAGAAGAACAAAAGGAGAAUAUAAGUGAUGAUGAUAUCGAAUGGUUGGACAAAUAA